UAUGCACGUGAUUGUAUUUAACCUUGUACGUUGUGUUAAAAUUGUAUUUAAUUUUGAGAAAAAUGAGACAGAAAAAAGUCUCGAAGAGGAAAUAUGUUAAUCCGAAAUUAAAAGAAAAUAAAAAUGAAACUGAAAAGGAUGUACAUGUUUCACAUAACGCAAAGAAUUCUCAUAUGGAAGAUUUGAUAGCAGCUCAAAUAAAUGUUGACGAAGAUGCUACAGAUGAUGAAGUAGAAGACAUAGUUAUAUCUAGUUUAGAUGAAGAAGUAGAAGAAGACAAAGUUAUAUUUGAUUCAGAUGAAGAAGUAGAAGAAGAUGAAGGUAUAUUUGAUUCAGAUGAUAACGAUGAUACAGAUGAUGAUAACGAUGAUUCAGAUGAAGAUAGCGAUGAUUUAGAUGGAGAUAACAAUGAUUCAGAGGAAGAUAACGAUGAUUCAGAAGACUUUGAGUCAGAAAGCAAUUGUGAGGAAGUACAAGAAGAUUCACCAAUUAAAUCAAAAGAUAAUAAACUAAAAAAUAAGAAUAAAAGUAAAAAAUCUUUAACAUUUAAAGAUAAAACAUUAACAAAAGAAACUACAUCAGUAAUUAACAAAUUAAGAAAUAAUAAAAAUCACAAGAAUUUUGAUAAAGCUCAGAUGCAUAAAGUACAUAAUGAACAAAAAACUAACAUAUCUACUGCAAAUGAUGAAGAUGAAUAUGUAUAUGAUAGUUCUGAUGAAGAAGAUAUUCGUAACACAAUUGGGAAUGUACCAUUAAAAUGGUACAAUGAAUAUGAUCAUGUUGGAUAUGAUUGGGAAGGUAAGAAAAUUCUUAAACCUGAAAAGGGUGAUGAAUUAGAUAACUUUUUGAAAAGAAUGGAGGAUCCUAACUUUUGGAGAACUAUAAAAGAUCCUCAAACUGGUCAGGAUGUUGUACUGAACGAAGCAGAUAUAGAUUUAAUUGUAAGAAUCCAAAAGCAGAAAAUUCCUGAUGUUCAAUUUGAUGAAUAUGCGCCAUGGGUAGAUUGGUUUACUUCUGAAGUAAUGAAAACGCCACUUCGUAAAUUCCCAGAGCAUAAACGUUCUUUCUUACCAUCCAAGAAUGAAGCUAGAAAAGUAUCAAAAUUAGUACAUGCUCUUAAGAUGGGUUGGAUGAAGUCUACUGUCCAAAUGCAGAAAGAAAGAGAAAAAAAUAAAGGACCUCAAUUUUAUAUGCUAUGGCAGUCUGAUGAUCAAGCAGAGGAAAUGCGUAGAAUUCAUAAGCAUAUUCCAGCACCCAAAAGACAUUUACCUGGCCAUGCGGAAAGUUAUAAUCCUCCACCAGAAUAUCUAUUUGACAACAAAGAACUUAAAGAAUGGAAUAAAUUAAAGGCAACUCCGUGGAAGAGGAAAUUGCAUUUUAUACCACAGAAAUUUAAUUCUCUUCGAGAAGUACCUGCAUUUCCAAGAUAUGUCAAAGAAAGAUUUCAGAGGUGUUUAGAUCUGUAUCUGUGUUCUAGAUCAUUAAAGAUGAGACUAACAAUAGAGCCUGAAGUUUUGGUUCCACAAUUGCCUAGUCCAAAGGACUUGCAACCAUUCCCAACAACUAUGUUUAUGGUAUUUAAAGGACAUACAGAUAUGGUCAGAAGUAUUACUGUCGAACCAGAGGGUCAAUUUAUUGCAUCUGGUGGAGAUGAUAUGUUAUUGAAGAUAUGGGAAGUGAAUACAGGCAGGUGUUUGAAAACAGUGCCUUGCGGCGGUGUCAUUCGAAGUGUUGUCUGGCGUCCAAACCAAGCUAUGUCAUUGAUAGCAGUUGCAGCUGACAAAAAAGUACUUUUAAUAAAUCCUGGAGUUGGAGAUAAUCUCAUUACCAGUAAAACUGAUCAACUUUUAGAGAUAAUACCACAGAGUGAAAUAAUAGUGAGUGACAGGGUGCAAAGUGCAGUACAGUGGGAGCAAGUGGAAGGUGAUCAUUGGAAUAAUGGAGUUAGGAUAAUUCUGAAUCAUUUUAAAACUGUAAAGCAAGUAACAUGGCAUGGAAAAGGAGAUUAUUUUGCUACUGUCAUGCCAGAUGGUCAGAAUAGAUCAGUUUUGAUUAAUCAGCUAUCAAAACGAAGAUCUCAAUUACCUUUUAAUAAAUCAAAAGGAUUAAUACAAUGUGUGUUAUUUCAUCCAAUUAAACCAUAUUUAUUUGUUGCAACACAAAGAAAUGUAAGAGUGUACGAUCUUGUACAACAGAUAAUGGUUAAAAAAUUGUUGUCCAAUUCACAAUGGAUAUCAUCAAUGGAUAUUCACCCAGGAGGUGAUAAUAUUUUGGUAGGGACAUACGAUCGCAAAAUGCUUUGGUUCGAUUUAGAUUUCAGUAAAGAGCCUUAUCAAACAUUGCGAUUACAUGGAACUGGCGUACGCGCCGUAGCAUUUCACAAACGAUAUCCUCUGUUUGCUUCUGGAGCUGAUGAUAGGGCACUAAUUGUAUCUCAUGGAAUGGUGUACAAUGAUCUUUUACAAAAUCCAUUAAUUGUGCCAUUGAAAAGAUUGUGUAAUCACGAAUCAUAUAAUGAUUUCGGUAUUUUGGAUGUCAUAUUUCAUCCUAUUGAACCAUGGGUAUUUUCCGCUGGUGCCGACUUUACUAUACGAAUGUAUACAUAAAUGCAUGUUAGAAUGUUCAAAAUAUCUUGUAGGUCAUGUUACUACUGUGAAAAAAUUCAUUUAUCAUAUUUUUCCCC